CCCCCCCUCUCCCCGAAAUCCUUUUUGACUCAUUAGCCAAUGGCCAUUUUCUUACUUCUGGAUAUGUGGAUGCUUUCCAUUUGGAAUUUGAUCCGGCUGGGGGAAACGGUAUAAUUCCGUGGAUGGUCUAGAAAGGUGUUGCUUGCCUCGGCCAGAAGGAGGAGCCCGAAUCCAAACAUGGGACGGCUGGAUUGAUCUCAUGUAGAGCCCGGGGCGAGAACUCUCUCAUUUCCUCCUGUUAUGUCCAAGAUCUGCCCUCUGCCUGGCCAUUGCUUUGAGUUCCAAAGGACGAGGGACCUAGGAUGAGGAGGAGCACUGGAUAUACCUUGAACCUGCUUUUAUUAUUGCCACUUUUCUUUGUGUGGACCGUAGUGGCGCUCGACCUUGGGCAGUCUCCGUGCACCACUCUGGUCCAGGGCAAGUUCUUUGGCUAUUUCUCCUCGUUUGCCGUCUUCCCGUUGAACUCCUCCCGCUGCUCUUGGAUUAUCCAGAAUCCUGACCCCAGGAGGUACACCUUGUACAUGAAGGUCUUGAAGCCCACAGGUGGAUGCGACCACCAGCAGAUACGGACCUACCAGUUUGACUCCUUCUUGGAGUCCACACGGACGUACUUGGGCAUGGAGAGCUUUGACGAUGUGCUGAACCUCUGCGACAGCUCCACCCGCUAUGCCUUCCUCCAGUCCAGCAAGCAGUUCCUCCAGAUGAAGCAGACCGCGUCCGCGCUAGAAAGCGGGCAUGUCCGGUGGAAGCCGGCCAAGGUCCAGGAAAGGGAUUUCUCGGUGGAAUACCUUGUGGUCGGGAACAGGAGCCCCAGCAAGGCUGCCUGCCAGAUGCUGUGCAAAUGGUUGGAUACUUGCUUGACCACCAGCAGCAGCUCCCACCCCUGUGGCAUAAUGCAGACCCCCUGCGUUUGCUCCAGCGGAGAGGUGCUAGACCAGCCCAGCGAUAUCCUGGGCUUCGCCAAAAAGAGGGACGAUUGUUUCAAAGAUGGGAUUUACUUGGAGAAUUGUGUGAGCAGCCCAAAGGACAGCAGCGGGCUGGAUUUCUUGGGUGGAUGGAACCCAUGGUCGCUGUGGGGAGAAUGCACCCGGGACUGUGGAGGAGGCCUGCAGACUCGCACCCGUACCUGCCAGCCCCUUCCUGACGAUGGCCUCAUCUGCGAGGGGGUCUUAGAAGAAGGCCGGCUUUGCAACAGGAAAGCUUGCAACCCCAAUGGACAUUACAAUUCCCGAAGCCAGUCACUGAGGUCCACAGAUAACCGGAAGAGAGAUGAUGUUGACGACGUGCAGCAGUAUGGGUAUCCUGCGCCUCAAAUAGGUGAUCCAGCUGCUGAGGAGUGGUCCCCAUGGAGCGUGUGUUCGACCACCUGCGGGGAGGGCUGGCAGACUAGGACGAGGUUCUGUGUGUCGUAUUCCUACAGCACCCAAUGCAGUGGGCCCCUCCGGGAGCAGUGGCAGUGCAACAACUCCGCCGUCUGUCCAGUCCAUGGGACAUGGGACGAGUGGUCUCCGUGGAGCCUGUGUUCAUCGACCUGUGGCCGAGGGUACAGGGAUCGCACACGGACCUGCAAACCUCCUCAGUUUGGUGGCAACCCUUGCGAAGGACCCGAAAAGCAAACCAAGUUCUGCAACAUCGCACUUUGCCCCGGUAAAGCCUUGGACGGCAACUGGAAUGAAUGGUCGAGCUGGACCUCCUGUUCCACCAGCUGCUCCAACGGCACCCAGCAGCGGACGAGAGAGUGCAAUGGGCCGUCGUACGGGGGAGCCGAAUGCCAAGGACACUGGGUGGAGAGCCGAGACUGCUUCCUAAGGCAGUGCCCAGUGGAUGGGAAGUGGCAAGCGUGGGGCCCAUGGGGGAGCUGUACCGCCACUUGUGGAGGUGGAACGCAGAAACGUGACCGUCUCUGCUACGGCCCUUUCUAUGGAGGAGACGCAUGUCAAGGACCCAAAGAGGAGUACAAGCAAUGCAACGAGAAGAGAUGUCCAGAGCCCCAUGAAAUCUGUGACGAAGAUAACUUUGCUUCUGUGAUUUGGAAGGAGACUCCAGGAGGAGAAUCUGCAGCUGUUCGAUGUCCCCGGAACGCCACAGGGCUGAUCCUACGCCGGUGCAUGCUGGAUGAAGAGGGCAUUGCCUAUUGGACCCUCCCAACGUACGUCAAGUGUGUUUCCAUUGACUACAGGAACAUCCAGAUGAUGACAAGGGAUCACCUUUCAAAAGCCCAGCGCGGUUUGAUAGGGGAAGGGGUAUCAGGCGUGUUGCAAAACCUGGUGGAGAUUUCUCAGGAUGGGACCAGCUACAGUGGGGAUCUGCUCUCAACCAUUGACGUACUCAGGAAUAUGACCGAGAUCUUCCGAAGAGCUUAUUACAGCCCCACUACUGGUGACAUACAGAACUUUGUCCAGAUAAUUAGCAACAUCCUGACAGAAGAUAACCGAGACAAGUGGGAAGAAGCUCAGCUGAUGGGACCGAAUGUCAAGGAACUUUUUAGGCUGGUGGAGGACUUCAUUGACGUCAUAGGAUUUCGUAUGAAGGACUUCCAGGAUUCCUAUCAAGUGACUGAAAACCUGGUCCUCAGCAUCCAGAAGCUCCCUACCAGCACAGCCAAAGACAUUAGCUUCCCUAUGAAAGGCUGGCGGGGCAUGGUGGAUUGGGCCCGCAGUGCAGAGGACAAGGUCACUGUGUCCAAAAGCAUCCUCUCCACGGGGGUUUCAGAGACAGAUGACUCCGCUGUCUUCGUGGUGGGGACAGUCCUGUACCGAAACCUGGGUGGGAUCCUCUCCCUUCAGAGAAAUACUACAGUUCUGAAUUCCAGAGUCAUCUCUGUGACUGUGAAACCAGCUCCCCGCUCACUGCUCACCCCAAUGGAAAUUGAGUUCUCCCAUUUGUACAAUGGAACUACCAACCAGACCUGCAUCCUAUGGGAGGAAACUGAUGUACCCUCCUCCUCCUCCUCCUCCUCUUCGUCUCAGCUUGGCGCCUGGUCCUGGCGUGGCUGCCGAACAGUCCCGGUCGAUCCUUUCCGAACUAAAUGCCUGUGUGACAGAAUCUCCACCUUCGCCAUCUUAGCCCAGCUGAGUGCCGAAAUGAACACAGAAAAAGUGCUCGUCCCUUCGGUCACGUUAAUCGUAGGCUGUGGAGUGUCUUCCUUGACUCUCUUGCUUUUGAUAAUCAUAUACAUCUCAGUCUGGAGGUACAUCCGUUCCGAACGUUCCGUCAUUCUUAUCAACUUCUGCCUCUCCAUCAUAUCUUCCAACGCUCUCAUCCUGAUUGGGCAAACCCAGACCCGGAAUAAGGUGAUAUGCACUUUGGUGGCAGCCUUCCUUCACUUUUUCUUCCUCUCCUCCUUCUGCUGGGUGCUGACCGAAGCCUGGCAAUCUUACAUGGCUGUGACGGGCAGGCUGCGAAACCGCAUCAUCCGUAAACGCUUCCUGUGUCUUGGAUGGGGCCUACCUGCCUUGGUGGUGGCCAUCUCUGUGGGAUUCACGAAAGCCAAGGGGUAUGGCACCAUGAACUACUGUUGGCUGUCUUUGGAAGGAGGUCUCCUUUAUGCCUUCGUGGGACCAGCAGCGGCUGUCGUUUUGGUGAACAUGGUUAUUGGUAUUCUGGUAUUUAACAAACUUGUAUCGAAAGAUGGAAUAACAGAUAAGAAACUGAAGGAACGGGCAGGGGCAUCGCUGUGGAGCUCCUGUGUGGUCCUACCUCUCCUCGCCCUCACUUGGAUGUCAGCUGUGCUGGCCAUCACAGACCGGCGAUCAGCCCUCUUCCAAAUCCUUUUCGCAGUCUUUGACUCCUUGGAAGGCUUUGUCAUUGUGAUGGUCCACUGCAUCCUGAGAAGAGAGGUGCAGGAUGCUGUGAAAUGCCGAGUGGUGGACCGCCAGGAAGAAGGAAAUGGAGAUUCUGGGGGGUCAUUUCAGAACGGACAUGCUCAGCUCAUGACUGAUUUCGAGAAGGACGUGGAUAUGGCUUGUAGAUCAGUGCUAAACAAAGACAUCAGCACUUGCCGCACCAUGACCAUCACGGGGACUCUGAAACGCCCGUCCCUGCAGGAUGAGGAGAAGCUGAAGCUGAACCACCAGAAGGGAUCGUCCAACUUCAACAGUCUUCCAGCCAACGUCUCCAAGCUGCACCUCCAAGGCUCCCCACACUACCUGGGCGCCAUCAACCUCAACGACUUCAGCAACCACACCCUCACUCUGAAGAAGGACAAGGGCCAGGCUCCCAAGUCUAUCUACAUCUGCGAUGGGGACAUCUUCAAGAAGCUGGACUCGGAGCUCUCUCGGGCGCAGGACCAAGCCAUAGACACCAGCUACGUCAUCUUGCCCUCCAACACCGCCACCUUGAGGCCAAAGCCUCCGCCGCCUCCGCCGCCCCCCAAAGACGAUACAAAAUAUAGCAUCAACAUUGACCAGAUGCCCCAGACGAGGCUCAUCCACCUCAGUAUGGCCACUGACCCAGGGUUCGUUGUCAAGAGCCCUCCAAGGGAGCCUGUGGUCAUGGGCUGCGGGGAGGCUCAGGCCUCGCCAAUGACGCAGCAGCAGCAGCAGCACCAGCUGUCGCCUCCAAUGGUUAACAAAUCUGGUGACUCACAGAUGCCAAACAGCUUGUGUGACACAGGCGAGUCUGGCAACUCUGGCAUGGUGCCCAAGAGUGAGACGGUUUCCACCCUUUCCAUGAGCUCCCUUGAGAGACGGAAAUCCCGGUAUGCAGAGCUAGAUUUUGAGAAAAUCAUGCACACGAGAAAACGUCACCAAGACAUGUUCCAGGAUUUGAACCGAAAGCUGCAGCAUGCAGAGAAAGAGAAGGAGUCUCCAACAGCAGACAGCAAGCAAGAAAAACAGCAGACACCAAACAAGAGACCCUGGGAAGGGAUCCGGAAGGUCCACUCCCCACCGGCGUGGGUUAAAAAGGACAUGGAUAUGGUGUCACAGUCUCCCUUGGAACUCAAAACUGUUGAGUGGGAAAAGGCGGGCGCCACAAUCCCCCUGGUGGGACAGGACAUUAUCGACCUCCAGACAGAGGUCUGA